AUGACACAAGUACCAUUAGUCGAUCAUACUCGACGCAUUCCGUUUACAACGGAACAUUCUACUACUAUUGAUUCUAAUAGUUUAAAAGAAAUAAAUGAAUAUAAAUGGCAACGAUGUUGGAAUGAAAGACGUAAAUUACAUCGAAAUCGUAAUUAUAACAAUGAAUGUGAUUGUGAAUGUGACAGCGAUGAAGAUGAUAUUUUUGAAUUAGAAGAUUUGGAUAGACGUCUACGUCAACUUAAAAAUUUCAAUCGAAUACCAAAGUCAAUAGAUGAUAAUUUCGAAAUCGAUGCUCUUGAACAACGGAUCAAUAUUUUACAACAACAAAUAAUUAUGAAAAACAAUAAACGUGCAUCGAACUUCUAUGAAGAAUGUAUGCAUGAAGCACGAGUGAUGCUGCAUCGAAUGCGAGCACCAUUAUGUGCUGAUGAUCAAGAAUGGAAAAGAAUGCUUGAUAAUCUUGAAAAUGAUAUGG